UAAUAAUCGACCAACUUGCUAAGUUUUCUAGUAAGAAGGUGAAGCCAAAGAGAGCAUAUAAGGCGAGGCCACAUUGAUCACCCUAUCUAUCUAAUCUAAGAGGAAAAUCAUGGGUAUCCCAAUAAGCAAAGGCUUAACAUUUGUCCUUCUGCUAUUUGCAUUCUUUGUGAUGCAUGUUGAUGCUUUCUAUGGAGUCUAUUAUUCAGAUACUCAGACCUGUACCAACCGUAAGAGCCAAUGCUUUCUGAAGAAAAUACCAUGCCCUCAUGAAUGCCCUUUGAAAUCACCUUCUAAUCCAAAAGCCAAAGUCUGUUAUGUUGACUGUGAUUCUCCCAUGUGCAAAGCUUCUUGCAAAAGUCCCAAACCAAAUUGCAAUGGCCGUGGAUCCGCGUGCUUGGACCCUCGUUUUGUUGGCGCAGAUGGCAUUGUUUUUUACUUCCAUGGAAGGCGCGACGAGCAUUUCAGUUUGGUGUCUGAUGUCAACCUCCAAAUCAAUGCCCGUUUCAUUGGCCUUAGGCCUUCAGGGAGACCAAGGGAUUACACUUGGAUUCAAGCUCUGGGAAUCCUCUUUGAUUCCCACAAAUUUUCUGUUGAGGCCACCCCAUCAGGAAUUUGGGAUGAUGAAGUUGACCGUUUGAAGAUCUCUUAUGAUGGAGCAGAACUUGUCAUCCCAGAAGGUCACCUCUCUACAUGGCAAGACCGAGAAAAUCAACUUCGAGUCGAGAGAAUAUCAAGUAAGAAUAGUGUGAUCGUUACCAUCCCUGAAAUCGCAGAGAUAUCUGUCAAUGUGGUGCCUGUUACCAAGGAGGAUAGCAGAAUCCAUAACUAUCAGAUCCCUGAUGAUGAUUGUUUUGCUCACUUGGAGGUGCAGUUUAACUUCUAUGGUCUAUCCUCCAAAGUUGAAGGAGUGCUUGGCAGGACUUACCAACCAGAUUUUCAAAAUCCAGCGAAGCCUGGCGUGGCAAUGCCGGUAGUUGGAGGGGAAGACAAGUACAGAACCACGUCUCUUACUUCUGCAGACUGCCGUGUUUGUAUGUUCUCACCGGCCGAAGCUUCUGAGAAGGCAGACUCAGUGAUGGAAUAUGGCAUGCUGGAUUGCACUGGUAGUUCCAACAGUCGGAAUGGUAUAGUUUGCAAAAGAUAAUUUGAAAGUUUCCAUAAUUGUUUUCCUUUAAUGAUUGAAAGUUGUACCCUUGAGGACAAUAAUUGUGCUCAGUAGCCAAAAAAGUAUUCUGUACCCUGAUUUCUGAUUUCCUAUUAAAUAAGAAGUAUAAUCUUUUGUUUGUUCA